AUAUCAACUGAUAAAGAUGAAGAGAUACGCGUUUUAUCUGUACUCUGUGAAAUCUCAGAUUGUGUCUUUGCGUUUCGCUUCUUCCUCGCUUUAAUUUUCUUGAUAAAUCUCAUCAAGGGGGAAUUGAAUGUUUGAAUCUUCCAAUCCCGAACUUUAAAAGCUCUGAAUCCCAAAUUGCAAGAUUCUAUUGAUUCUUUGAAAUUUGAGCUUGCUAAUCCACUCUUGAAAAAAGUACGUAAAAUCGUAUCAAAUUUCGUCGUUGCCCUUUUUCCGCGAUAUCGAUCAAUUCCCUCUUUGCACGUUCUUUUGUACGUCCUCGUUUACUUCGUAUUAUGAGCGGUCGUCACGGAUGUUAAGAAAGAGUAUUAUUGAAAGUUUGCUGAAAUUGCUUACAAUUAAAUAUGAAAAAUGCAAACUCAUUUAAUUUAAUACCAUGUUAGUUUCAUUUUUCAUAAUUCUUGAGAAUAAUUUUAAGCUUGUAAAGUAGUAGUAUAUAAUCCUAUCUCUCUUUCGUACCUUUGUGUGACUUUUUAAACUUCUCUCUCUAAAUUGUAUUUUUGUUCUUAUCCCUCUUUAACAUCUCUUUUUUUUGCCCUAAUUGGUUGUGAAUUUGAAACUGCAAGCGGCGAUGGCAAACGGUGACGGAGUGCUUCUUAUUUUGCUCGACGUUCGCAACAAUCCGCUUGUCCUUUUACUUGCGUGAGGAGUUCAGUGCUCCGGGGGCGCAUCGCGGGCGACUCGGAAUAAGAAUAAGCCGAAUCUCUCUAUUGAUUCACCUGGAAACCAAAUCGAUAUCCGUACGAGGCACAGGCGCUCACUUCGUUACGAAUCGGCUAACUUUCCUCAAAUGUUGCCCGUCGAGUUCGUCGCCCGUUUAAGAAAUCCGACAAACUCCGCGACCUCCAAUACAAUCCUCAUUAUGGUCUGAAGAGAGACUGCGCUCUGAGGAAAAGUCGCGGCUUUCAUUAUUGCCCUCCCAUAUGUAAGAGGAAAAGUUUAUCAAGUUAUUAGUUGAAUAAGCAAAGUUUGAUUUAACAUCAAUCAAACUUACUCAAUCAGACGUAAGUUGCUCCAAAGGAUCUCCAUCAGCGUUAAGAGAGGAGUACGUGAGGGUGUUUUCCACCUGCGAAAUGUGAAAUCAAUAUUCUCUGUUUGAAAAAGUGGCAAGGAAUUAACAUUUCAAGAUGGAGAGAAUGAAUAAGAAAGACGAUCCGCUGCGAGCGAACGAGAAUCUGGAGACUUUUGAGGUAUCCCGGGAGACGAAGGAUCCUUCGAGGGAUGGGGAAGAAGCGAGAUCCGUGUUUCGCAAAUAUCGCACGAAGCAUAUGAAGCUGUUUCCGGAAUUGUAUCGGAGCGAUGUCUCGAUCCAUCCCAGCUACACCGGCUUGAAAGUUUUGCCCUACCACGUUGUCUGCAGGCAUCGCGUACAAAAGCUCGCGCGACAGAUAUCUCGGCAGCUGAAUCGAGAGAUCACACACUUCGCUAUGAUUCAAAUGUUCGCUCUCGACGGUGUGAGGAUCGAUCGCGUCUUCAGCAUUGGUAUGUCACCCAAGUUGACGAUUGUACCGGAUCCAUUGGCGGAAAAAGAGAGACGUCGACUGAAUGAACUUCUUCGCGAUCCCUAAAGGAGAUUCUGUAUACAACUGUUGGACAGAAAUAAAAUAGCUUUACACGUUUUCUCCCUUUCAACUGUUGCUCCUUUUAAAUCUAAAAGUAGUGUCAAUUCGUUACAAUUGUUUGUUGUAAUUAUUAUUAAUAAACUUGUAAUUAUUGUUGUAAUGACUGUUGAUAAA